AUGGCCGACCCCGCACACACGGGUGUCACCGGCGAAGAUGGCAGGCCCCUGUCCUCUGUGGCGUCGACUGCCGACCAGUAUCACGAUGCUGAAUCUUCCUCGGGUGGCACUGCCGUCGACCCCCGCCUCGCUGUUGGUGGCUCGGGUGACGAGCAAACGCGUUCCAGUAGCAACUCUUCUUUCAUCGCCGACUUGAACGACGACCAUGUACACGUUGCUCGCGCCAAGGAAGAGUUUGCCGCUCUCGAGCGUCGCUACUCUGCCAUGUCGCAGAACUCGAACGACCUGCACCGCACCACCACUGGCCUUUCCCUCCGUCAGGUCACCUCGCGUUUCGGUGGCAAGCCUGAGCGCACCACCACCCGCCAGACUGUUGCCACUCAGGCCAGCGCUGCUGGUGUUGUUGACGCCGAGAAGGGCGAGGCGACUGCUGCCGCUGGCGACGAGGUCGAGUUUAACCUUGCCGAUGAGCUCCGCUACGGCCGCAGCGCCCAGGACGCUGCCGACAUCAAGCACAAGCGUGUUGGUGUCAUCUGGGAGGACCUCGAGGUCAUUGGUGCCGGCGGCAUGAAGAUGCACAUUCGCAACUUCACCAACGCCGUUAUUGAGCAGUUUAUGAUGCCCGUUGUCUCGGCUCUCGGUGUCGUUGGCUACAAGCCCUUCGCCCCCAAGCCCAAGACCAUUCUUGCCUCCAACUCGGGUGUUCUCAAGCCCGGAGAGAUGUGUCUUGUUCUCGGUCGCCCCGGUGCCGGUUGCUCCACCUUCCUCAAGACCAUUGCCAACCAGCGUGACGGCUUCAUGGCUGUCAACGGCAACGUCGAGUACGCCGGUGUCGGCUGGAAGGAGAUGUACAAGCUCUACGCCGGCGAGGUUCUCUACAACCAGGAAGACGAUGACCACCUCCCCACCCUCACCGUCGCCCAGACUCUCCGCUUCGCUCUUGAGCUCAAGAGCCCCAAGAAGCUCAUCCCCGGCGUCAGCGCCGACGAGUACCGCGAGGACCUCCUCCAGCUCCUCAUCUCGAUGCUCGGCAUCAAGCACACUGCCAACACCGUUGUUGGUAACGCUUUCAUCCGUGGUGUCUCGGGUGGUGAGCGUAAGCGUGUCUCUAUUGCCGAGCAGUUCUGCUCCGGAGCCUGUCUUUCGUCGUGGGACAACUCGACCCGUGGUCUUGACGCUUCCACUGCCCUCGACUACGCCAAGUCCCUUCGUCUCCUCACCGACAUUAUGAACCAGACCACUUUCGUCUCGCUCUACCAGGCUGGUGAGGGUAUCUACGACCAGUUCGACAAGGUCCUCGUUCUCAACGACGGCCACGUCGCCUACUUUGGUCCUGCCAAGGAGGCUCGCCCGUACAUGAUCUCGCUUGGUUACGCCGACCUGCCCCGUCAGACGUCUGCCGACUACCUCACCGGUGUGUGUGACGUCAACGAGCGUCGCUUCCAGGAGGGCCGUGACGAGAGCAACACCCCCAGCACCCCCGAGGCCAUGGGCCAGGCAUUCAAGGACUCUGAGAUUCACGCCCGCAUGAUGCGCGAAAAGGACGAGUACAAGCAGCAGAUGGAGACCGACGAGGCCGACCGUAACGCUUUCCGCCAGGCCGUUUUGGACCAGAAGCACCGCGGUGUCAACAAGAAGUCUCCCUACACUGUCUCCUUCUUUGCUCAGGUCUGGGCCAUUACCAAGCGUCAGACCAUCCUCAAGCUCCAGAACCGUUUCGACCUCUACGCGGCUUUCGCCACUUCCAUUGUCAUCGCUCUCAUUGUCGGUUCCGUCUACUUCCGUCUCCCCACGUCUGCUUCUGGCGCGUUCACUCGCGGUGGUCUGCUCUUCUUGGGUCUUCUCUUCAACGCUCUUACUUCGUUCUCUGAGCUUCCCGGCCAGAUGAUGGGUCGUCCCAUUCUGUAUCGUCAAAUCUCGUACCGCUUCUACCGCCCCGCCUCGUACGCCAUCGCCGCCGUUCUGGCCGAUAUCCCCCAGAACGCCACCGUCAUCUUCGUGUUCAGUCUCAUCCUCUACUUUAUGGGUGGCCUGUACAGCAGUGGUGGUGCUUUCUUCACGUUCUACCUGUUCGUCUUCACGACCUUUAUGGUGAUGGCCGGCUUCUUCCGUACCCUUGGUGUCGCUACCAAGGACUACAACGUUGCCGCUCGACUCGCCUCGGUCUUGAUUUCGCUCAUGGUGACCUACACUGGCUACAUGAUCCCCGUCUUUGCCAUGAAGCGUUGGCUGUUCUGGAUCUUCUACCUCAACCCCCUGUCCUACGGAUACGAGGGUAUCUUUGCCAACGAAUUCUCCAGGAUUACCCUCACCUGCGACUCGUCGUACAUUAUCCCCACCAACAUCCCUUCUGCCGGUAUCACUGGCUACCCCAGCGGUGUCGGACCCAACCAGAUGUGUGCGCUUUCCGGCUCCACCGCCGGUAACGCCGUCGUCACUGGUAAGGAGUACAUGGCCGCUGCGUUCCAGUACUCCAAGGGCCACAUCUGGCGCAACUUUGGUAUCCUCAUUGGCUUCUUCCUCUUCUUCCUCUUCCUCCAGGCCCUCUUCAUGGAGACCCUCCAGAUGGGCGCUUCGCACCUGUCUAUUGUCGUCUUCAAGAAGGAGGACAAGGACAUCAAGAAGCGCAACGAGCGUCUCGCUGAGCGUCGCGACGCCUUCCGUGCCGGCAAGCUCGACCCGGACCUCAGCGCUCUUUCGAUGAAGCCCCAGCCCUUCACCUGGGAGAACCUCACCUACACCGUGCCCGUCCCCGGCGGUCAGAAGCAGCUCCUGAACGAUGUCUUCGGCUACGUCAAGCCUGGUACCCUCACUGCCCUCAUGGGUGCUUCGGGUGCCGGUAAGACUACUCUUCUCGACGUUCUUGCCGCGCGCAAGAACAUUGGUGUUAUCGGCGGCGACGUUCUCAUGAACGGUCGCCCCAUUGACGUCUCCUUUGCCCGUGGCUGUGCGUACGCCGAGCAGCUCGAUGUUCACGAGUGGACCACCACUGUCCGUGAGGCCCUCCGCUUCUCUGCCUACCUUCGUCAGGCCGAGAGCGUCCCCAAGGAGGAGAAGGACGCCUACGUCGAGGACAUUAUCGAGCUUCUCGAGCUCCAGGACAUUGCCGACGGCAUGAUUGGUUUCCCCGGCUACGGUCUGUCGGUUGAGGCGCGCAAGCGUGUCACCAUCGGUGUUGAGCUUGCUGCCAAGCCCGACCUUCUUCUCUUCCUCGACGAGCCUACCUCGGGUCUCGACGGCCAGUCUGCCUACAACAUUGUCCGCUUCCUCAAGAAGCUCACUGCCGCCGGGCAGAAGAUCCUCUGCACCAUCCACCAGCCGAACGCCCUGCUCUUCCAGUCGUUUGACCGCCUCCUCCUCCUCCAGCGUGGUGGCGAGUGUGUCUACUUUGGUGACAUUGGCGAGGACUCCAAGGUCCUCAUCAACUACCUCGAGAAGAACGGUGCCAAGGUCCCCGGUGACGCCAACCCUGCCGAGUUUAUGCUUGAGGCUAUCGGUGCCGGCUCGCGCAAGCGUAUCGGCGGUGACUGGCACCAGAAGUGGCUCAACUCGCCCGAGUUUGCCGAGGUCAAGCGCGAGAUCACCGAGCUCAAGGCCAACGCCCUCGCUCAGCCCAUCGACGAGGACCGUGGCUCUGGCGAGUACGCUACUAGCUUCCUCUUCCAACUCAAGACUGUCCUCCAGCGCACCAACGUUGGUCUCUGGCGCAACGCCGACUACCAGUGGACCCGUCUGUUUGCGCACAUUGCCAUUGGUCUCGUCGUGACCCUCACUUUCCUCCGUCUCGACAACUCGCUCCAGUCGCUCCAGUACAAGGUCUUUGCCAUCUUCUUCGCUACCGUCCUCCCCGCCCUGGUCCUCGCCCAGAUUCAGCCCCAGUACAUCAUGUCGCGUAUGACCUUCAACCGCGAGGCCUCGUCCAAGAUGUACUCGUCGACGGUCUUUGCGCUCACCCAGCUCGUUGCCGAGAUGCCCUACUCGGUGCUCUGCUCCACGGCCUUCUUCCUCCUCCUGUACUACGGUGUUGGCUUCCCCACCGCCGCGACCCGCGCCGGCUACUUCUUCCUGAUGAUCCUCCUCACCGAGGUCUACGCCGUCACCCUCGGCCAGGCCGUCGCCGCGCUCUCGCCCUCGAUCAUGAUUGCAGCCCUCUUCAACCCCUUCCUGCUGGUGCUCUUCUCGGUGUUCUGUGGUGUUACUGCUCCCCCCGCUACUCUGCCUUACUUCUGGCGUUCGUGGAUGUACCACCUCGACCCCUUCACCUACCUCAUCUCUGGUCUCGUCACCACCGGUCUCCAGGACCUCGAGGUCGUCUGCAAGGAGAGCGAGUUCCACAUCUUCUCGCCUCCUUCCGGCCAGACGUGUCAGGAAUGGGCUGGCAAGUUCGCUACCGCCAUGGGAGCGUACAUCAACAACCCCAACGCCACCGACAGCUGCCAGUACUGCCAGUACUCGACCGGCCAGACCUUCUUCCAGGGUCUUUCCCUCGACUACUCCACCCGCUGGCGUGACUUUGGUGUGUUUUUGUGUUACUGUGUCUUUAACAUCAUCGUCCUUCUCAUUGCUGCUCGCUUCCUCAAGUGGCAGAAGAGGUAA